AUGGCAACAUUUACUUACAAAGUGUCAGUGACCACAGGUAACAUAGAUUAUGCUGGAACCAAUGACUAUGUUUAUAUCACCCUGAUAGGCACUGAUGACAGGAGCGAGACUUUCACACUGGACAACUGGGGCAAUGAUCGGAAAGUGCAACUAUAUCGGAAGAAAGAUUGGUUUUUUGGGUCUCAGUAUCUAAACGGCACCAACCCCAUACUGAUCAAACACUGCAAGGAGAUCCCCCAAAACUUCCCAGUUACUAAUGAGAUGGUCCAUAAAUUCCUGGAAAAAUCCAGCGGCCUUCAGGAAGAAAUGGAGAAGGGCCAUAUCUACCUUGUGGACUAUAAGCAGCUCGAUGGCAUCAAGACCAACACCAUCAAUAAACAGAAGCAAUUCCUUGCUGCUCCUCUCUGCCUGCUGUAUUUGGAUCGUGAAGAAAACCUGAGGCCCAUUGCCAUCCAGCUCAAGCAGAAGGCAGAACCAGAAAACCCCAUAUUCCUGCCCAGCGACUCUGUCAGCUGGCUCUUGGCGAAGACCUAUGUGCGCAGUGCUGACUUUAACUAUUUCGAGUUGGUUACUAACUUACUGCGAACCCACAUGUUGGCAGAGGUAUUCUGUGUUGCCACCCUCAGGCAGUUACCCUCAGUGCACCCUUUGUUCAAGCUCCUGAUUCCUCACAUGAGAUACACCCUUCACAUCAAUAUUAUGGCAAGAAAUGUUUUGGUGUCAGGAGGUGGACUUUUUGACAAGGCCUCCAGCACUGGAGGACUGGGGAAGUUUGAAGUGAUGCAGAGAGGUUUUACUUCCCUGACUUACAGCUCCUUCUGUCUGCCGGAGGACAUUGCCGCUUGUGGGGUUGAACGAAUACCCAACUACCACUACCGCGAUGAUGGCCUUAAACUGUGGGCUGCGAUCAACAGGUUUGUGGAGGGCAUACUGAAACAUUACUACCUGGAAGACAAGGAUGUCCUGGAGGACACCGAGCUGCAGGCCUGAAUAAAGGAUAUCUUCACCAAUGGGUUCCUGGGAAGGGAACAGUUAGGUAUUCCAGAAAGCUUCCCCACUGUUCAGAAGCUGAAAAAGUUUCUCACCAUGGUUAUAUUCACCUGCUCAGUGCAACACAGUGCAGUCAACAGUGGACAGUUUGACUAUUGUUCCUGGAUGCCUAAUGUCCCCUUCACAAUGGCCCGACCUCCACCCUCCAUGAAGCAGGACCUCCUCUUUUCUGAGAUCAUCCGCAGCGUAGCCGAUAGCAGGAGCACCUUGACCACUCUGGCCAUCACUAGGAUGCUCAGCCACACUUACCUUGAAAAAGUUAAACUGGGAGACUAUCCAGAGAAGCUCUUCACACAGAAAAGACCUCAGGAUCUGAUUUUAAGAUUCAGAUCUGACCUGGAGAAGAUUGAAGAUGAAAUAACGUCCCGCAAUAAAAGCACAGAAGUGAAAUACACUUACAUGCUUCCAUCUGUCGUGAGGAACAGUGUGGCUAUCUGA